AUGAAAGAAGGAGGAACACGAAUACCUUGUCCGCUUGAUCAAUCAACUGACGUAGGCAAUAGGAUGGCAGCAAGUGGUCCACAUGAUGAGGCUCUGGCACGGGCAAUUAUGGCCACGUAUGGAGCCGCAGAUCCACGGAACAAUGGCUCGCCUCGAUAUUCUGCACAAGUACCUGGAGAUGGAAGGCCACCACCUAGAGAAGGUGUUGAACACCAGCACCGUCGACUUCGAACGCGGUACGGCAGCUCAUCCACGCGUGACAACUUUGCCUUGCCCGAAAAUCGCAGCCAGGCAGCGUCGACAUCUUCACAGCCUGUGACGACUGGUUCUAGUCUAUCAGCCAUACCGCAGCAAACGGAACGUCCCCUUACGGAAAGACAGAUACAAGAGUGGACGGGUGUACCCACGCAGAAUGCAAACGACGGAUCGAUGACGGUCCGGGAUCGCAACGCUGAAACAGAAUCAUCAACUGGAGCGACGCCAGUAGUCUUGCCAGUCUCACCUUUAUAUGCAGCACAAGAGGAUGAAGCUCAACACUCAAAUUUCAGAACUCUUCGGAACCCAUUGCAAACACAGACGGGUUCCCCAUUUGAGGGUUUGGGGAACAACGAAGCUGCGCCGGAUAUGACAUAUCACGGCAACCGCAAUUGGUGA